AUUCGAGAACAAAUCAAUCAUAAUAUAUCUUAAAUUUAAUUGAGUCAAUGGACUAAUUCUGUCAGUGUAAUCAGUCCUUUUUUUAUCGCGUUCUCAAGCAAUUAUCAAGUAAGUUAACCGUAAGUGUGGAUUUUCAUGAGUGCAGAUACUUAAGAAAACUAGGUCAAUGAAUCUUACAUUGUGUGAGCUGUAAUAUUUUCGUUUGAUUUUUCUGUAUCAUAUGAAUUUGUUGUUUGUUAAAACACGGUAUUAAUUAUAAUUAUUUCGCUUGCACAAAAUAAAACAAUCGAACGUUUAAGCAAAUUAAUUACAACAAUAUAAACGAAGCAACAUUUCAAGCAGCUGUUACUAGAAAAUACAAAUGCGCGUCUUUGCCAUAUUUCGGCAGAAUAACGAAUAAAGAGUGCAAAAAAUUAAUCUGAAUUGUACGUGAACUUCGUGUGUCUUUAGCACUUGUUUUAUUCACGUUCUUGAAAGAGAGAUUAAUAAAAUUAUAUCCAAUGAAAUCAGUCACUUCUGUUCCUGAAACAAACUUUCAAGGUAUCGGGCGUGACAUGGCAGAGCGGCUCGGUUUGGGUCCUGAGAUUCGGGAACUCAAACUGGGACCAACUUUUACAAAUAACAGAUCGACUGCAUUUCAUACUUUAAAAUAUGAUUUUAAACCAGCAAGUGUUGAUGUUUCCAAAGUGGCAAGGGUUGAUGUUGGAACAAAUAAUAUGAUGACAGUCACUGUUCCACAUUUAGAUGGUGCUGGAAUUCCUCACACAGUUUUUAAAGGCUCGCAAAGACCUUAUCAUAAAGAGUGUGUUUUAAUAAUUGAUAGAGUUACAGGAGAAAUUACAUUGGAAAAAUUGACAGCAAAUAUUCAAGUGAAAAAAACUCGAACAGAACCAAAGUCUCAGUCACAUUUAGGAAUUUCUGGUGGAAAUAGUAGUAAUAGACCUAUAACUCCAGUAGAAACCAAAAAGAGUCCUACUCAUGGAAGAACAACAGGAAGAACAAAAGUUACAAGUGGAAAAAAAAGAGAACCUAGUAUUCAAUUACAUCCAAAACAGUAUAGUCCACUUAGAGUAUCACCAUAUCAUGGCAAAAGCCCACCUUCUACUUCCAUUAAUAGUUCACCAGUGCAACCAUCAGUGGCACCAUCAACUUUGGCUAGUUUGCCAAUGAUUGGUUCUGACAAUGAUGACUGUCCUUUAACAUCAUCUGGGUCAUUGCCGACUAUCAAUUCUUCUGCUCCUUCAAGGUCAUCUUCUAUAACCAAUAAUCAAUCUACUGUAAAACUUUCUGUAGCUAUGGAUAGUGAUGAGGGUGCUCUUAGUGAUUCUACUUCAAGUAGUUCAAGUUCAGAUAGUUCAGACAGUGAUUCAGACACUGAAAAUGUUCCAGUUUUACCAGGAACUAAUGGACAUUUAAAUAGCACAGCUUCAUCUCCAACACGCCUUAUGCCAGAUAAUCUCUUAAACGAUGAUUUACAAUUAUCAGAAUCAGAAUCCGACAGUAAUUAAUGGAACAAUAAAAGGUCUUCUAAAGAUCUACCUUGUCAAAAAAUUUUAUAUUUUUUUUGACACUUUAUUUACUGUUGUAUAUCAAAGAAAUCAGAAGAAAUAGAACAAUUUAAUUCUAUUCUACAUC